GUCUCGAAAGGGUUUACACCCUACCUCACGCUCAUCCCUACGACACAGCACUCAGCACCUUUGUCGCCACAAGCAUCACCCCUGCUCUUCAGCCUGCUAAUGAGGAACACUCGCAGGUGAAGAAAGUAAACCAACCACAAUCAACACCAUGGUGGAUUCCUUAGAGAGCUCAUCCGCUCUCUCAAGAACGACCGAGACAACAGUAACACAUGUCAAUGGCAACUCUAUACAAGGCACUUCUAUUCUGGAGGUUAGGAACGGGCAGGACCCAGGACGUGGGCGCGGGUUCCAUCGUUCGGACAACGUAUCGGACUCUGAUAGUUCCAGCAGCGAUGAUGGGAUCGAAUGGGACAAUUCUGGGUACUAUACUUCAGAGCACACCUCGGAGGACGAUGGUGGCGAUGGCUACAGCUCAGACGACGACGCAGAGGACGAGAGCGACGGAGCAUACGAUGAACAAGAUAGGCAGCGACUUUUAGCGUCUUCGAGUAAGGUACGGGUUGGGGGCAUGGGCGUGGGGAUGCGAGUCGGCGAAACAGGCACAGGAACAACCAUUGGACUUGACUUUGAACGGGAUAACAUUCAAAAUGACGGGGACUAUGACGUCCUGCCAUUGAUGAAUGUUGGUAGUAAUCUCUCUCGACAACGUCGUAAAGGCAAAUCAGGAGGAGACGGGAUAGGGGGCCGGAGAGAAAGGUCGAGGAGAGGAAGCCAGAGGAAUCAACGCAGGUCGCUACACACGGUCGUGCCUGUCUUAGGGCAAGGCGCCAUUCGAACAGAGCAGGAACAAUCGAUAGUGAAGAGACAGCUCAGGAUAGAGAUGUUCUGGAACGUGUUUUAUGUGUUUGCAUGGUACGGAUGCUCAACAUCCUUAUCAUUCUACAAUAAGUGGUUGUUUUCGCCACUCCACUAUAACUUCCGUUUCCCACUUUUCACAACGUGCCUCCACAUGGUAGCAGAGUUUGUGCUUGCAUCCCUUACUCUCAUAAUGAUCCCUUCCUUGCGGCCAAGCGCAGCACCAUCAGUCAAAGAUUUCGGAACAAAGAUCAUGCCAUGCGCGGUGGCAUCUGGUCUGGAUAUUGGACUGAGCAACAACAGCCUAAAGUCGAUUACCCUCGCCUUCUAUACCAUGUGCAAGUCUUCGUCUCUUGCAUUCGUGCUGCUGUUCGCGUUCGCUUUCAAACUGGAGAGACCAACCUGGACCUUGGCAGGAGUCAUCGGCGUGAUCUGCGUUGGGUUGUUCAUGAUGGUCAUGUCAGAGGCGGACUUUGUGCUGAUCGGAUUUAUUCAAGUGAUGCUGGCGUCGGUUCUAGGAGGACUGCGGUGGUCCUUGACACAGCUGCUGCUUGAGCGGACGGAUACGAAAUCGGGCAGUCUGGCCAAUCCAAUCUCGACCAUCUUUUUUCUCUCGCCUAUCAUGGGAAUCUGUCUCUGUAUCGUUGCAGGGAUGUUUGAAGGAUAUGGAGACAUUUUCAGGUCCGAGUUCUUUUCGACAGUAGGAUCGAGCUUUGGCACCUUGAGCUUGUUAUUCCUGGGAGGCAUCUUUGCAUUCACUAUGAUAGUGGCAGAGUUCAAUCUGAUCGCCAGGACUAGUGUCGUGUCAUUGUCGGUCUUGGGAAUCAUUAAGGAGGUCGUUACCAUUGUGAUCUCUUCGUUGGUUUUCCAUGACCGGCUCACAAUCAUCAACAUCCUGGGACUCGUUGUUACACUCUCAGGCAUCGGUUUCUAUCACUACAUGAAGUUGCACGAGCUGAAGUCAAGGGCAAGGAGGGCCGCUAAAGAGAUUAUGGAGCUGAAUAGUGCUUCUUCUACGAAUCGCAUCGAUAGAAGCGUAGACCUUGCACCAUUCCAAGAUUACCGACGGAAACGACACUCAGGACGAUCAAAAGGUAGAUCGGGGCAUCGAUCUCUUAGAGAAGAGGCGCGGAACAAUGUUGAAAUAGAGGGGCGAAGAGCAGGAUCGAGCGAGGGCCUUUAUGGCCGCGAGCUGAUGGGGCCCAACGGUGCGGAGCAAACUGUGGGGCGCAGUCAAUUGAUACGCGACCUAGAUGGUACUUCACCAACUAACCUCAAUAGUUCAUAGAAUAGCAAUAUAUUAAUAUAAUAAUCAUCGAAAGUAGUAGCAACAGGACACAGCCUGAAGGCAU